ACUUUCAUUUUUGGACUAAAACUACCCUCAAACUUCAAAAAGUACUAAAAAAAUCCUUAAACUUCAAUUUUUGGGACCAAUUUUGUCCUUCCGUCAGUUAAUUGCUGACGCAACAUUACUACUAUAUAAGAGCUUAAUUAGCUCCCCUCUAAUGAAAGAUCAAACAUGGCUUCUACCCCUGGAAUCCUCACUGAGUGGCCAUGGACACCCCUUGGGAGCUUCAAGCACAUAAUCUUGGCACCUUGGGUUAUAGAAAGCACGUAUUCCUUCAUAUACAAGGGUGAAAAUGAGAGGGAUCUUUCCAACUUCCUCAUUUUUCCAUUUAUGCUAUGGAGAAUGCUUCAUAACCAGAUAUGGAUCAGCCUUUCUCGUUACCGUACUGCAAAGGGCAACAACAGGAUCGUCGAUAAGCCCAUUGAGUUCGACCAAGUCGACCGAGAAAGAAAUUGGGAUGAUCAGAUACUGUUUAAUGCAAUGCUGUUCUACUUUUUUAACAAGGUUCUUCCCGGAGGUUCUCACUUUCCUCUUUGGAGAACCGACGGCGUGAUUUUAACGGCGCUGUUACAUGCCGGACCGGUAGAGUUCCUCUACUACUGGCUUCAUCGAGCACUUCACCACCAUUAUCUUUACAAUCGCUACCAUUCUCAUCAUCAUUCCUCCAUUGCGACUGAACCCAUCACAUCCGUUAUUCAUCCGUUUGCAGAGCACAUAGCAUACUUCGCUCUCUUCUCAAUACCGCUCCUGACGGUUUUGUUCACCAGAACUGCCUCCAUAGCAGCUUAUGCUGGUUACAUCACUUACAUUGACUUGAUGAACAACAUGGGACACUGCAACUUCGAGCUCAUCCCUAAGUGGAUCUUCACCAUUUUCCCUCCUCUCAAAUACUUCAUGUACACCCCAUCGUUUCACUCAUUGCACCACACACAGUUCAGGACCAAUUACUCUCUGUUCAUGCCAAUAUAUGAUUACAUUUACGGUACCACAGACAAGUCCUCUGAUACAUUGUAUGAAAAAUCCCUCAAAAGACAAGAAGAGUUACCUGAUGUUGUCCAUCUAACGCAUCUAACCACACCAGAGUCCAUCUACCAUCUGCGCCUUGGAUUUGCCUCCUUAGCCUCUAAACCACAUACAUCAAAGUGGUACCUCUGGUUGAUGUGGCCUGUCACUCUGUGGUCCAUGAUGUUGACCUGGAUUUAUGGUUAUACUUUUGUCGUGGAACGGAACCGUUUUGAUAAACUGAGGUUACAAACUUGGGCCAUACCAAAGUAUCAGAUACAAUACCGGUUGCAUUUGCAAAAUGAAUCUAUCAAUAGCUUGAUUGAGGAAGCCAUAAUAGAGGCAGAGGAUAAAGGGGCAAAAGUGUUAAGUCUAGGCCUCCUGAAUCAGGGUGAAGAGCUUAACAAGUAUGGGGGGCUCUAUAUACACAGGCACCCUCAGCUUAAAGUGAAGUUGGUAGAUGGAAGCAGCUUAGCAGUUGCAGUUGUGUUGAAUAGCAUACCAAACGGAACAACAGAAGUCCUCCUCAGGGGCAACCUCAACAAGGUUGCUUAUGCCAUCACCUUUGCUUUAUGCCAAAAGGGCAUCCAGGUAGCUGUACUGCAUGGACAUGAAUAUAAGAAGCUUAACAAAUCAUUUGGCAGCAACUCUCAGAACAAUUUGGUCCUCUCAAGAAGUUACUCCCAUAAGGUAUGGUUGGUAGGAGAUGAAUUGACAGAAGAAGAACAAUCAAAGGCACAAAAAGAAACAUUAUUUAUGCCCUUCUCCCAAUUCCCACCGAAGAAAUUGCGCAAAGAUUGCUUUUAUCACACCACUCCAGCAAUGGGGACUCCCAAAUCACUUGAAAAUGUGGAUUCUUGUGAGAACUGGCUGCCAAGGAGAGUGAUGAGUGCAUGGCGAAUAGCUGGGAUAGUGCAUGUCUUGGAAGGAUGGGAGGAGCAUGAAUGCGGUUACACCAUGUCUAGUGUGGACAAAGUUUGGGAAGCAAGUCUCAAGCAUGGAUUUCAACCCCUGAAGUUCCCAACUCAAGCAAAGUUUCUAGUUUGACUUGCAAAUUGAAAUUCAGCUGCUUAUUUACCAUCCUAGCGUAUGAAUUUUCUGUUGAAAAUUUAAACUAUUCUCUUAGACUGCUUAUUUGUAGUUUUUUCUUUUUCUUUUUACCUUGGUUGUGUAAUGAAAGACAACUAUCUCUUAUCUUUUAUUUCAUCCCACCUGUAUGUCAUGUGAUUUGAAUUCAGGAUCUUUUAUUUCCAAUGAAAAAAAGAUAAUCAU